AUAUCAUCCUCACCACUUUCUAGCCUUAAACUUAAAAUAAUCAUUCAGCAUGUUCACACCAACACAAUACUCUACAACUUAAUUUCAUUCCAUGCCAUUAACCAUAGCACUCAGCAUCUAUAAAUACUCCAAAAUCUCUUCUUAGUAGCCAACAUCAAAAAAACUAUAUACCCUUCUAAAGUUUGCUCAACUCUAUCAUAUAUUAUACAGUUCGAUAUUUUUCAUUUACUUACCUAAUAUUGUUACUGAAAACUGCUACAUUAAUGGCUGCACGUUGGACUUGUUGUUUACUUACCGUGCUUGUUUUGAUGUCAGUUAUUCAUUCAGAAAGCAGAGUGGCGAGGAAGGAUUUGGGUUUGAACCUUGGUGGCUUGGGAGUUGGACUUGGAAUAGGAGUAGGUUUGGGAAUUGGAGGUGGCAGUGGCUCUGGAGCAGGAGCUGGAGCCGGCUCAGGUUCUGGUUCUAGUUCUUCCUCAAGUUCAUCUUCUUCUUCAUCCUCUAGUUCCGGGUCUGGGUCUGGAGCUGGCUCGGAAGCAGGCUCAUAUGCAGGCUCUCGAGCAGGAUCAGGAUCAGGAAGAAGCCGUGGCAGUGGUGGUGGCGGUGGUGGUGGCGGUGGAGGUGGUGGUGGUGGUGGAGGCGGUUCUGGACAAGGAUCUGGUUAUGGUCAUGGAGGAGGUUAUGGUGAAGGUGGUGGUGAUUAAAGAAAUGCAUGAAUUGAUUAGAUUGAAAAUAAUUAAUAUGGUUGAAUUAAAUAAAAGAAAAUUGUUCGACAAAAUAAUUAGUAGCUGGUGUGUAAAAGAAAAGAACUAGUAAGAUGGUUGAUACUUAUUCCAUGCAUCAUGUGUGUUUUAGUGAAGAAGUGUUUCAAUCUCAACAAGUUUGCGAUUUAUUUAAUAAAUUCUAAUUUCUACUUGUAAUUUGGCAUUGUUUUAAGUUUUAAGUUUUAGAUGAUGCCACUGUUGUAAGAUGGUUGAAUUCGGAUAUAUCAAAGUAUAGAUGACCCAAAAAUGACGUGUUUUUAUUUA